AUGGCGUUGGAGGUGCAACCGCCCAGCGAUCGCAAACGAGUCAAGGUCUACGAACUGAGGGAUAACGACUGGUUUGAUAGAGGUACUGGUUUCUGUACUGGUCAGAUCCUGGACGAUGAACCGCGAAUAUUUGUCGAAUCUGAAGAUGAACCCGAACGGGUACUUUUGGAGACAAAAAUCUCCAAAGACGACGGGGAAGAUACUAACGUUUGUGCGACACUACCAGAGACCCUGAUAGUAUGGACGGAACCCAAUGGGACGGAUAUGGCAUUGAGCUUCCAGGAGCCUGAGGGUUGCGCCGUGAUUUGGAAUUUUGUCAAUGGCGUUCAACAACACCUUACGAACCUGGCAGCAGCAGACGAUGCCUUUUCCGACGAUCUCGAAACAUAUCAAUCUAUAAUGCUACCCGCCCCGGAGCUCGGAAACCUCCCCGAAAUUGACCAUGUCAUGAGAGCAGCCAGCAUGACACAAGCCGGCCGAGACGCAUUGUCGAAGUUUGUUAUUCGGGAAGAGUAUAUAACAAAGCUCAUACCAUUGGUCACAGUGGCAGAAGAUCUCGAGAGCCUGCCGGACCUACACCGUCUCUGCAAUAUCAUGAAAUCCCUCAUCCUUCUCAAUGACAACACCAUUAUCGAGACCGUCGUUACGGACCCCAUUAUUCUAGGAGUUGUGGGGGCGUUGGAAUACGACCCCGAGUUUCCGACACACAAAGCCAACCAUCGGCAAUACCUCGCAGACCAGUCACGCUACAAAGAGGUGGUCCCGAUUAAAGACGCCCUCAUCCGUCGCAAAAUCCGGUACACCUGGCGCUUGCAGUAUCUAAAGGAUGUGGUCUUGGCCCGGAUCUUAGACGACCCAACUUUUUCAGUCCUCAACUCGUUGAUCUUUUUCAACCAGGUCGAGAUCGUAAAUCAUAUCCAGUCAAACGGCCCCUUCCUGAAGGAAUUAUUUACGGUGUUUGAUCCGAGAAAUACCGAUGCAAAGCGCAAGGAGGAUGCAGUGCAGUUCCUCCAUCAAUGUGCAUCCAUUGCCAAAAACCUGCAAGCCCCGGCGCGCGCCAAUCUCUUCGCAAACUUCAUUAGCCAUGGCCUUUUCGCUGUGAUCGCCUUCGCUAUUAAGCACCCUAACCCCGCUAUGCGCACGACUGGAAUUGAUAUUCUAGUUGCACUGCUUGACCAUGAUCCUCUCAUGAUGCGGGGUUAUAUGCUCAAGGCCGUCAAUGAGAAGAAGACGCCGCUGACUGAUACGUUGAUUGAUUUACUUCACUUAGAGUCGGAUCUCGGUGUUAAAAAUCAACUCGCAGAUGCAGUCAAGGUUCUAUUGGACCCCCAGAUUCUUUUGCAAGACACGAUGGGUCGGGCUGGACCCGAACAGUACUCGAAGCCACGUCCUAAUAUUCUCUCUGAUGCUUUUGUUCAAAACCACUUUGAUGAGUCUGCAAAGAGGCUAUUCAUGCCAUUAAAACGCCUUGAGAACCGCGCCAGCCUUAGCGACCUCAGGUUUCAAGAGGUGGCCUUGUAUGCCCAUCUUGUUGAUAUCCUUACUUUCUUCGUCCGUCAACAUCUGUACAGAAGUCGUGCUGUCAUCCAUAAUGAAGCACUCGCUCCCAGAGUUGCUCAGUUACUUACAGUGCCCCAGAAGCACCUCAAGCUGAUCGCAUUGAAAUUUUUCCGUACAUUAAUUAGCCUCCAAGACACAUUUUACCAAGCUCUGAUGACACAUAACAACACGUUUGGUUUGAUUCUUGACAUUGUCUAUGAAACAAUGCCACGCGAUAACCUCCUUAAUUCAGCUUGCCUCGAACUUUUCGAAUUCAUCAAACGUGAAAAUAUCAAACCGAUAGUUCUGCAUGUCGUUGAAAAAUACGGUGAAAAGCUCAAGAAUAUUACCUAUGUCAACACAUUCCAGGACUUGAUCCUACGCUAUGAGCAAAUGCAGGGCUAUGGUACAGAAGCUGAGUCAACUCUCUACUCUCAAGAUGAAGGUACAACAGCUCGUCGAGUGCCGCCCAACGGACAACGUUGGCAGGGUGUUAGGGAGAUGGAUGCGGCAGAGGAAGAGUAUUUCAACACAUCUGAUGAUGAGGAAGAGUGGCAACAUGACAAUGCGGCCAAUGCAACAAUGGCUCCUCAGAUGCAGAACGGUUCCGCCUCGCCAGUGGUCAAGCCUCUAGUCGACUAUCCAGAUGACGAUGAGGAUGACGAUGCUAUGGACACGAAGCCGGAGGAUAGUGAGGAGCAGAAGCAGCAACAGUUGGUACGGCAAGAAGGCACCCCAACCCUUGACGCCGCUACCGACUCCAUUGUGGACGCACCGUCGACUCCGGUUUCAUCGACAGUGCAGACGCCUCCGGAGCGUCUGUCAGAGAAGCGCCGGCGUGAAGAGGAGGACGAUGAUGAGCUGGUUAAGCUCAGUACUGGACCGAAACGAAGGAGCUCAACCAGUGGCAGUCCUGGGGGUGCUAGUAUGCUGCGAAAGAAGAGGAGCGUGUCAAUUGGGUCGCUCUCAGCUGCUACUGAAAAAGGGGCAACUCAGAGUAUUUUGGGAACCGUGACUGGCAGCACAGCACCCAAAAGGAUAGCCAUCAAUCUUAGCUCUAAACCGUCAUCAGAGACGGAUUCCACUGACUCUGCCGCAAGUACACCAAGCAGUGAGAAAGAGAACCGUGGCGAGAACCACGGUGAAAGUGGUUAGCUAUACUCCCGUGAUAUUUCUCCUGCCAUUCAUGGAAUUCGCAUGACUGGGUUUCCCCGCAAGCAUCGUCCUCGUUUGUCCGAGUACUUGGAGUUCUACCUGCAUUUCCCGCGAAUCUCCUAGAUACCAGAUGAAGUAAUGGUUUAGUCUUUUUCAUUUCUUCAUUUUCCCUUUACUGAUUCACUGCAUAUCUCUGUAUGAUUCCCUCAUCCUUUGCUAUACAUCUUUGUGCUUUUCUUUUGGCAUUCUUAGAUAUCAUGUAUUAGGUUUCUACUUGCUCUGAAGCCUGCGAUUUCCGUCUUGUUCUUACCUUCUCAUCGUCGAAAUUUUGGCCUGGUGUACAGCUACCAUGUCCUGUUUGUUUCUUUCUCCAAUCUUGUUUUAUUUGAGUGUCCUUCCUUUGCGCACCUCAUGGUUCAUUUGCACUGUCAAUGCGUGGCGAAAAAAACAAAAUGAUAUGCAAUCAGAAGCGAGGAAGUAGCGCGCAUGCUGCCGGCCUCUUGCGUCUGAUGGUCGGUGUUAUUCCACCUGGGUCUUUGGCAUAACUGGAGCUUUCUGUAUUGUUCUUCGGUCUAUCUAUGGGGUUUAAGGAGCUCUGGUUGAUAGGGAUGGAGUCUGGCUGGAUGCGAUGAAUUGCGAUGAAUCACUGUGUGCGUAUGCCUGCAUUUCAGAGGUCUUGGUAUGGAGGAUUUCGUUUCUUUCUAUUCCUUAUCAUGAUUGGGAAUGUUUGAUGGAGCGGGUUGUCGAGAGAGUUGAUAUUUGCAUUCUUCUGAAGAGAUAUUAG